AUGUGCAUUUGUUUCCAGACACUAAUGUCUAUCUCCACUAUAAGGCGGCAAGUAAAAAAUGUCGCCUAUAACUUUUCCGAUGCACAAGUAAAAGUUAGAGAAGCUACUUGCAAUGAUCCCUGGGGUCCAUCCACGGCACUAAUGUCUGAAAUUUCCGAUCUUACUAAUAAUCCAAUGGCUUUUACUGAAGUUAUGUCUAUCAUUUGGAAGAGAUUGAACGAUUCAGGGAAGAAUUGGCGACAUGUGUAUAAAAGCCUAGUGUUGCUUGAUUUUUUAAUCAAAUGUGGCAAUGAUAAGGUUUCACAGCAAUGUCGCGAAAAUAUAUUCACUAUCGAGACUUUGAAGGAUUUUCAACAUAUAGAGGACAACCGAGAUCAGGGCUUGAAUAUCCGGGAAAAAGCUAAACAAAUAACCGCAUUGCUGACUGACGAAGAGCGUCUCAAAAACGAAAGGACACGCUUUAUGCUAACGAGGACAAAGUUCCGGGAGAAUAGUGCACUUGGUGGGGGAUCAGAGCGAAGAUUCCAAAGACCGGAGACGGGAACAGCUUUAGAUCCCGAGAUAGAGGAUGCUCGCCCGUCUUCAAUAGGUGAGGAGGAGAUGCAGCUUCAAAUAGCUAUAGCUCUGUCAAAGGAAGAGCAUGAAAAGAUCGACGAGAUGAUGAGGAGCGAUGAAGUACGACUACAGCUCGCCCUUGAAGAAUCUCAACGAGAAGCUGAACGAAUGGCAAAGAUGGAACCGAAAACUGUCAACAGUGGUCAAUUGACGCAGAGUGCUUUGGAUGAUCUACUCUCACUUGGAGUAGGGGAGUGUGUCUCUAUUUACGUUUGCAAGAGUUACCUCAGUAUUUCCUGA